UGGAUGUGACGGUACCGCGCGGCGGGGAGGAGGAGCAGCAGCAGCAGUAUAGAAAAGUGGUGGAGGCGUUGGAGGCGAAGGGGUUGAGCUUCUUGCAGGCGCGCGUCGUCAUGAGUUUUGCCGCUGAUCAGGGUAUGUCCCCCGCCCCCUCAGCUUGUCCCAAUUCUGUGAUGUAAUGGAGGGAUGGAUGCUGAUACACGAUCCGCGAAUGCAGCGGCCAUCUACGCGCAAGCCCGGGCCUUGAUCGACUGGAACACGCGCAACACGUUCUGCGGGACGUGCGGCCACCGGACGAUCGCGGUGCACUCGGGCACAAAGCGGGCGUGCCCGCCGACGGACGUGGCGCGGACGGCGGAGGGCCUGCCGGCGGAGCGGCCGGCGUGCAGCACGCGGACGACGAUCUCAAACCUCAGCUUCCCGCGGACAGAUCCGACGAUCAUCGUGGCGGUGAUGUCGGCGGACGCGCAGCGGAUCCUCCUGGGCCGGUCGAAGCGGUUCCCCCCCAACUGGUACUCGACGCUGGCCGGAUUCAUCGAGCCGGCCGAGUCGGUCGAGGACGCGGUGCGCCGCGAGGUCUGGGAGGAGGCCGGCGUCACGCUGUCGCGCGUCGUCAUCCACUCCUCCCAGCCUUGGCCCUACCCGGCCAAUUUGAUGAUCGGCGCCAUCGCCCAGGUCAGCGACGCCGCGCACGAGACGAUCAACCUCGAGCAUGACCCCGAGCUCGAGGAUGCCAAGUGGUUCGACAUCGCCGAGGUCGAGGAGGCGCUGCGGAAUGGCGUCAGUGCGCUCGGCGAUGGGCCGGGCCCCGAGUAUAAGGAGGGCGCGCUGCGGUUGCCCCCGCCUACGGCCAUCGCCAAUCAACUGAUUCGGGCGGCGAUUAGUAUAGAUCUCCUCGGUGGGGAGAAGAACUCAAAGAUUUAGAUAGAUUAGACACGGCUGAGAUUCUUUGUUGUGCUUCGUGUGGGUUUCCUCGAAAAGCGAAAUGUUGUUCACGGUUAUAUACAAGUACAUGGUACCAACACCUCACAUAAUCCACACAAGUUUGAGUGACGUGGUCUAUGACAUCUGUUAAACCCACUGAAAGCUCAAAAGCCAUCGCUAUCAGCUGCCCGACUCAGACAUUCCUCACUGGCCCUAUAGAACGCUUUAGUCAAAGGUGUAACUUCAGAGAUUGGCGUACACAGUACCAUCGCGAAGUUCGUGGAUACU